AUGUCCGUACUCACAUUGGGAUCACUGCAUCAAAUUGAUUCUGUUGUACUUCGCAGUGCAGCUAUUGCUUGGCAUGAUGAGUUUGCACCUUUACCAAAACCCUUAAUCGUGGUCAACAUUGGGGGGCCCACAAGCCGAUGUAUAUAUAGUACAGACCUUGCAAAGCAGUUAACUACCUAUUUGAAGGGUGUUCUUGAUACCUGUGGGAGUGUAAGAAUUUCUUUUUCAAGAAGAACUCCAGAUAAGAUUGCAACUUAUGUGAGAAAAGAACUCGCAGAAUUUCCAAAAAUCUAUAUAUGGGAUAACGAAGAACCAAAUCCACACAUGGGACAUUUAGCAUGGGCAGAUGCAUUCAUUGUCUCAGCAGAUUCAAUCAGCAUGUUGAGUGAAGUGUGCAGCACUGGAAAACAUGUAUAUGUGAUUGCAGCUGAUCGAUGUAAAUGGAAAUUUGGAGAAUUUCAUAAAACUUUAAAAGAAAGAGGUCUUGUUAGGCCAUUUACAGGUCUUGAGGGUAUGUCGGAAAGCUGGAGUUACUCGCCUUUAAAUGACACUGCAGAGGCUGCAAAUCGAGUACAUGAAGCACUUGCUGAAAGGGGAUGGAGAUUAAGGCCAUAAGAUUUUUGUCUGAAAUUACUUUUUUGCCCUUUUCCCAUGGUUUGUGGAGGAUUAUAGAUAUAUAUAUAGUUUUUGAUACGGACAAGGAGGUUUGUGUGUAUAAACCGGCAUUUAUAUUUUAUAGCUUUAGUGUGAAAAGAAAACCUUGAGGGACAGAUUGGUCAUUUGUUUUCAUUGUGAAAUGGGAGUUAAUAAAAGUUGCUAUCAUUCAAACAAUUGUGAAAUGAAAACCUUGAGGGAGAGAAGAUUGGGCAUUUGUGUUUAUUGUGUAUAAUGCUUUCC